AUGGCGUCCAAUGCAACCGAUGUAGAAGGUCUUGCUCUCAUCUCAAACCUGCCAGAUACCGUGCCUGAUCUCCUUGAAACGGUUGCGAGUCAUGGCAAAGACCUCCUUGCCCAGGACCCCAAAGCACGGCUUAAGCUACUAGAAGCCGUCCAAUCGUUGGCUUAUGCAUUGGAAACCCCCCGAGAGGCAAUCAUUCGACACUGCUGGUCUGAGUCUACGAGUUAUGCAGCCAUAGAGACCGCUGUUGACAUACAUCUAUUCUCUGCUCUUGGAACAGAUGACAGACCGAAGACUGUCAAUGAGCUUGCUGAGGCAACCAGUGUGGAUCCAAUCUUGCUCGGGCGACUGAUGAAGCAUCUCGCUGCGAUGGGAACAAUAACCGAGACCGGCUACAACGAGUACAGCCCGACUGGCUUCUCAAAAGUCCUUAUUGUUGAAAGAUAUAGCGAUGCAUUUCCGCUCAUGACACGCCGUUUCACCAAAGGUAUUAUGGCUCUACCGACCUUCCUCAAGAAAAACAACUACCAAAAUCCCACAAGUCCGACAGAUACAGCAUUCCAGAUGGGCUAUGAAACAGACAUAGGCUUCUUCGGACAUUUGCAGCAAGAACCGCUCACGGCAAAGCAGUUUAAUAAUCACAUGUCAGUCUACGGGCAAGGCCGAGUACGCUGGAUGGAUCCCGGCUUCUACCCGGUCCAAGAGCGGCUUGUGGACGGCGUCACGAUUGGCGAGGACGAUGUCCUGCUCGUUGAUCUCGGAGGCAGUUUCGGCCAUGAUCUAUCCGAUUUCCGUCGGAAAUGGCCUGGCCUCCCCGGUCGUCUGGUGCUUCAGGAUCUUCCUGAGGUGGUGGUUUCGGUUAAGGAUCUACACCCCACGAUUGAAGUUACUGCUCAUGAUUUCUUUACUGAGCAACCAGUCAAAGGAGCCCGCUCGUACUACUUGCAUUCUGUUCUCCAUGACUGGCCUGAUGAGCUUUGUCGCAAUAUCCUCGCUAAUACAGUAGCUGCUAUGAAGCCUGGUUAUAGCAAGGUGUUGGUGAACGAGAAUGUGAUUCCAGACACGGGGGCUUAUUGGGAAACCACAAGUCUGGAUUUGAUUAUGAUGGAGAUUGGAUCUGGUGAGCGUACAGAACACCAAUGGCAUGCGUUGUUGGAGUCUGCUGGGCUGAAGAUUGUCAAGAUUUGGACUGCGCAGCGGGGCGUGGAGAGUUUGAUUGAGUGUGAGCUAGCUUGA